CUCAGAUAUAACCACCAGGGCAGGAGGGCGAAGAGAUGAGAAGAGUAGGCUAUCUCAGCUGAUUUAUGCAGGAGAUUUAAAAUAAUAAUGUAAAACAUAUCUGUAGGCUUUUUAGUAACUAUUUGAAUGAUGUUUUAGUCCAAUGCAUGUUGGUUGAACGCUUUGACACCUUGAACGUGAAAGUGAGUGGUUCAGUGAGUGUCUCCGCCUAGAACAUCACAGAGCUGAUGAACGCAGCAACGUUCUUUUUCAGAACCAUGGCGAGCGCAUUGUGACGCUGUCCCUUCUACUCCUACUCAGAGCCAUUGAUACAGUAUUUUCUAAAUGGUUAUACUCCUACUGUUCUCUAAACAAUGGUUUCAUAGUUUACAAUUGUAUAAACUCCCAAAUCAUGCUCAAAAUUCAAUUUAAUUGAUGUCACUGUUGAGUGUUUUUUAAUCAGUUUGAUAAACAUGUUUGUCCCAUUGUGACAUAGCCAACCAUGACUUAUGGAAGAAUUUGACGUAUUAAUGGUCCCUAUAAAACCCUGUAAUUCUAAGAAAGAAUUGUCAGAUGGUUUUGAACUCAGUCAAAAUCACUGCAGUAUGUAGAGCGAUAAUGAGUAGGUCUAUGUUCAGUCGUUUGUUGACAGCGACCCCGCUGAGAUUCCUCCGCGAGAGGCCGCUUCUGAGUGCAGCUGGCCUGUUGUUUGCGUCCGGUUCGGCAGUCUACUUUUAUAGCAAAUAUUACGGUAUCGGUGAGGAUGCACUGGCCACCGUGGAGAGCGUGGACCGUGUUGUCACGGUUGAGGAGGAUAAUGAGCCCACCCUGGACCAGGAGGACCCAGUCCUUGUUCAGUAUGUGGUUGAGGAGGUUGGGCACCGGCCCUGUCUGGCUUUAAUCCCUUGGUCUGGACCUCUGUGGGUUCCCAGCUCUCCAACAUAUUACCUUACCCAUGCUGGGAGGAUGCUGCUGAGAGAGCUGGCAGUGUUAAACACGCAGAUAGCUAGGAGGAUGGUAUGGAAUGAACUGUCCUCUCAAAAUGAACAGGUAGCCAUUCAUAUGCAGUAUGUGGAUGAGGAGGUUGGGCAGCGGACCUGUCUGGCUUUAAUCCCUUGGUCUGGUCCUCUGUGGGUUCCCAGCUCUGUAAGUCCAUCCAUUCUGAUACUCUUUGGUCUUUAGACUGGUUUAUGUAACUUAAACAUAAACAUGAUGCUUUCUGUAGAACAAUAUGAAAAUACAUUUCUGUAAACAUAUUCCCUAUUUUUGUAAUAGUCUGUAACACUGCAGCCAACUUAUUACCUU